AUGCAAGACCUACAACUUUUUAUGUCUAUUUUCUUCGUGAUGUUUGUGUGCUAUUGGCAAGCGCACAAGGCUACCAUGAGCCGCUUCCGCAGUGAGGUUCCAGCGCUGCAGUAA